AUGGAAAAAGAGGUUCCAGAAUUUGUUUCCAAAUUAGAAACAAAUGGUUUUAUUUUCAAAAUAAAGACUGCAAAUGUUAAUUCAAAUGCUAUCCUUGGUACAACAUGGAAGUCUUAUUUGAACACUGAAGAUGAAGUUGAAGCCAAAAAGAGAAAGCGUCGUUGCAAUUCAGUGGAAUUCAAUGAAGAUGGGAGUGCAGAGUUUUUGUAUGGACCAUUAAAUCCAAUAAGGGAGUUUGAAGGAAAGAGGGUUUGGUUUAUACGAAUAGUGAGGCAUUCUGCAAAUAAAAAAGACACUAGUACUAGUUUUGGAGAUGGCACUCCUCUUCUAACAAAUGCCUUAGAAACCUACCAAAAUAUACUGGAUGAAGUGUGUGUUGACAUCAAAUGGGAAAAGGGAGAUGUAAUGUUGCUUGACAAUUUAUCUGUUCAACAUGGAAGGCGUCCUGCCAAGCCACCGCGUUCUGCAUUUGUGUCCUUGUGCAAAUAA